CAUUCACAAACGUCAGCUUGGGAGGUGGAGGCUACAUCUCUGGACUUGUGCAAAACUACACCAGAAUGUGGACCACCCUCUCCUUCACCUUGACUGUACUCUCCCUUGUGCUGCUCAGCUGCCCCAGUAGUGACAGCAGCAGGAUUCUGGUGGUCCCGGUGGAUGGCAGCCACUGGCUCAAUAUGGAGCACAUCCUGAGAAAACUACAUUCCAGAGGCCAUGAAAUCACAGUACUCCGGUCUGCAAAGAGCUGGUACAUCCCUGAAAACUCCACUGUCUACACCUCCAUCAACAUACGCAUGCUGGAGGACGAGGAGGACCUAGAGGUCUACAACAGAAUGCUUCUAGAUGUCAUCGAAUGCCGCAAGAAGUCACGUUUCAUCCGCUCCUUCUGCCAACAGUACGAGAUCACCAAACUGCUGGGUAAAGGCCACGAGAUUCUUGCCAAUUCCGCUGCACUUCUUCUAGAUGAUCCUGUCUUUAUGAAGAAGAUGCAUGAUGCUCAAUUCAACCUGAUGUUGACAGACCCGGGUAUGCCCAUUGGUGUGAUUCUUGGUAGCUACCUCAAGUUGCCGACAGUUUUCAAUGUUCGUUGGAUAAACAAUGGAGAGAGCCAUUUUGCAAUGGCACCUUCACCUGCUUCUUACAUUCCAAUAUCGGGAACAGAACUUACUGACAAGAUGGACUUUGUGGACAGAGUAAAAAAUGUCUUAUUCUAUAUUUAUAGCCAAACAGAGCUACAGUUUCUCAUAUACCCGGCGUAUUCCAAUCUCAUGGAGCGACACUUUCCUCCUGGAACUGAUUUAUUGUCUUUGGAACUAUCUGCUGACAUCUGGUUGGUAAGAGCGGAUUUUGUCUUUGAGUUCCCGCGUCCAACUAUGCCCAAUGUGGUCUAUAUCGGUGGGUUCCAAUGCCAAGAACCUUCCCCCCUCCCAAAUGACUUGCAAACCUUUGUCGAAAGUUCCGGCGAUCACGGGGUCAUCAUAAUGUCCUUGGGAACAUUUGUGUCCGCCUUACCUCGGAAAGCGACUGAGGCAAUAGCUGCAGCAUUUGCAGAACUCCCACAAAAAGUUAUAUGGAAGUACAUCGGGCAACAGCCAACCACUUUGGGCAACAACACUUUGCUGGUGAAAUGGUUGCCUCAAAAAGAUCUCCUCGGACACCCCAAAACCCGCGCGUUCGUAGCCCAUGGAGGCACCAAUGGUAUGUAUGAAGCCAUCUAUCAUGGCGUUCCCGUUGUGGGCUUGCCAUUACUUUUCGACCAAUUUGAUAACGUGGUUCGGCUGAAAGAGCGUGGAGCAGCCAGGAUAGUUGAAGCAAAAUCCAUCACUAAAGAGUCCUUCUUGGAGGCAGUUAAGGAUGUUGUUGAGAAUCCAUCGUACCGUGAAAAUGUACAGCGUCUUUCAAGAUUGCACCGUGACACUCCGAUGUCGCCAAUGGACACGGCAUUGUUUUGGAUUGAGUAUGUGAUUAGAAAUAAAGGUGCACCCCAUCUCCGAGCAGUGGGCUACAGCUUGCCAUGGUAUUCAUACUUCUGUUUAGAUGUAGCAGCGUUUUUGUUAGUGAUCUUAGUUGCCCUUGUUUGGUUUUCCAUGUUUUGUUGUAGAUUACUGUGCUGCAGGAGAUCGAAGAGGAAGUUAAAAGGAGAAUGAAUC